AUGGCCUCCAGACUCUCUCCUCUCCUCUUCAGAUCAGCCCUCCGCUCGGCAACGUGUCGGGCGGCGAGGCCUCAGUUCCGCGCCUUCUCCCUCACAGCCGUCCGCCCCAGCGACACCCUCCAAGUGCACCGCGACUCCCCGAAAAACAACGCCGAUGUCCCCUUCAAGUUCACCAAGGAGAAUGAGGCCGUCAUCGACGAGAUCCUGAAGCGCUACCCGCCGCAAUACAAGAAGGCUGCCGUCAUGCCCAUCCUCGACCUCGGCCAGCGCCAGCACGGCUUCACCAGCAUCAGCGUCAUGAACGAGGUCGCCCGCAUGCUCGAGAUGCCCCCCCAGCGCGUCUACGAAGUCGCAUCCUUCUACACCAUGUACAACCGCACUCCCGUCGGAAAGUACUUCAUCCAGGCCUGCACAACUACCCCCUGCCAACUUGGCGGCGUCGGCUCCGACGUAAUCGUCAAGGCCAUCAUCGACCACCUCGGCAUCAAGCAAGGCGAGACCACAAAGGACGGCCUCUUCACCCUCCUCGAGGUCGAGUGCCUCGGCGCCUGUGUCAACGCCCCUAUGGUCCAGAUCAACGACGACUACUACGAGGACCUCACCCCCGAGACGACCGUCCAGCUCCUCGACGCCCUCAAGGCCACCGCCGCCGCCACCGGUGGUUCCGCCGCCGCCCAGGUCCCCAAGCCCGGCCCCAUUAAGAGCGGUCGCCAAACCUGCGAAAACUCAAAGGGUCUGACCAACCUCACCUCCGAGCCAUGGGGCCCCGAGGUGACGCGGAGCGAUUUGUAA